GCAACGACCUAUCAAUUUGAGUUUCUCUUUCUAUUGAAAUCUAUUAAAUAUAGUACCUACUUAUAAUCACAGUUUAGUGAUAUCAUUAGUCUAUUAUUUUGACAUAAGUUUGUUUAUUUACUUACCCUUUAGUUUUUACACAGUAUUUUUGCAAGUAUAUUUUAUUAUUUUUAAGCAUUUAACUUUCAAAGUAAUCGAAAAUGGCAAAGAAAGAAGAACCAAAAAUUCAGCCAAACAAUGAAUUGGAAAAGAAAAUUAUUGAGUCCUUCGAAGUGUUUGACCAUUCAGGGAAACAAGUUGUUGAUGUUAGAGAAAUUGGAACAAUAUUACGCUCUUUAGGGUGUUGUCCUACAGAGGCAGAAAUUCAGGAAGUGAUUCUAGCGACUGAGAAUAAGGAAGCUACGGGAAACGUUCCACUCAUUAACUUUUUACCUUACAUGUGUAAAGUUAUGAUUGAACAUAGAUUUUAUCCUGCAAGUGCCGAAAUGUUGCUUGCCGCUUUUCGUUAUUUCGACAAGGAGGGUCGUGGAUAUCUUACAAAGGAAAAAUUUGCGCAACUCAUGCUUGAAGAGGGAGAACCUUUUACUCAGGAAGAAUUCGACGAAAUGAUGCAAACAGCUCUGGAUCCAGUCACAGACACGAUUACCUACGAGUAUUACAUCAAUCAAUUAAUGGUGGCGCCUAAAGACGUGUAUAAUAUAGCUGACGAAAUACAAGAAGAGAUGAGAAGAUUAGAAGCGGCGGCACCUAAAAAGCGUAGAGCCUCGUCUCUCUUGAGAGCUGCUAAGAAUUGAGCUUCAAGUUUCAUAAAAUGUUACACCACCCUUGAAUUUUAUUUGAGCCAUUACAAUGUAUUUAGCUUAUGCAUUACUUAUCAUAUUGUUCAUUAACAUUUUAGAACCACUACUAUGUAUCUACUCUUCCAGUGGCGAAUUUACAAGUUUGCCGCCAGUAGGCUGUUCAAUUUUUGCCGCUCCUGCUAGUCCUCUAAAAUUUGGUAACAAAUAAAAUUACAACUUUGAAAUUUGUGCUCUAUCGUCGUAAUUACAUUAUUUUCUCGUUAAUUUUCUGUAAACAAAAAAUUUGGGCAAAACUUUGGGCCUACUCAGCCUGCUGGUAAAUCCGCCACUGUACCUACUCUUCUUAUUAACAGCGACUACUACUGGGGCCAUCGAUGUAUGUGACUGGAGUACAACUUGUUUUUCUUUUUUGUGCCAAUAGCUCCAUGUGGGACCACUACGGCGUCAGCGGGGGGUUUGGGCGAGCGUAGAAGCAUCACCUGAUGAGACCCGAAGGCUGAAAUAAAGAUAGAGGAUGAAACGACUCUAAGGGCGUCUCCUAUGAGACUCGGACCUCGGCUUAGAGGGCCAUUCGGGAGGGUGUAACCGUGACCUGAGUGAAUCAGUCCAGACGCCCCCGAGAUCGUGAGUUAGAAAACACAUGUCCGGGUGACGUUAGAUAUCGGGGACCUCGUCUUCGCCGGCGAAGACGCUGUGUUGCUUGUGAUUGUGUUGCCCGGGAACCAUUGUCGGUUGUCAUGUCAUCGUCUGGAUCGUAAAGGACGUUUUUGAGACGCCUCUGCUUGAAAUUAGCUGGGAGUGUAGUUGCAGGCCUCAACCACUAGUUGGUUGGGAUGGAUGGCAGUCGAAAUAGUUUCGAGAGAGCUGUUUAUUUAAGGAACAACUUGUACCCACUCUUUCUAUGGGGGCACACCAAUUGUGAACUUACACACACACAUAGACACAAAACAAGUGUCACUUUGUUUAUUGUUUGUGUUGAAGUGCCCUAUAUUGCAGAUUAUGAAGAGUUCAUGAGGCUAAAUCUAUGGUGGGGUUAAAUCUAUACCUAUAAUUUUAGAAAACCAUUGGAAACGUACCUAUUGUUGAAUUCUGUAGAAAAACAUAGUGUACAUAGUGCAUAAUAAGUUAUCACAAAUAUCUAAUAAAU